AUGUCCCUCCUGCAGUGUCCCCGGCAAUGUAAUUCGGCGGAUGCAUCUGUCAUCUGGGUUCCAUCCCCUGUGAGCGUCGGGACGUACGGGGGAUGGAACGGCGGGAAAUUUGAAAAUGACAAAAAUAAAACAUUCCUGUAUCAAACCAUUUCACAUACAUUUUGUCCCUAGUGCUUUGUCCUGUGCCCUGCCUGCAUUUUUACUGUUCUUUCUGCCUGGAAACUGAGAAAUGUCCAUGACGUCCAAAAAGCGUCCCUUUAGGUCAAAAGCGGUUUUAGACCAGCUAGAGAACAGCGAUAGUAAAUUAGAACCACUUGCAGAAUUGA